CGGUAAUGGAACAGUAAUUAGUCGUGUAUAAUUACAGAAUUAGCAUUGUAAUUGAUUUUAUCAAUAAUGCCGUAUCUUAUCCGUGAUAAUAAUUUUAAUAGGUGAAACAUAUUCUUUAAUAUGCUUGAGUAUUUCAAAGAUGCAUAAAUUAAUUGUGAUUUUUGCAUAUUUUGUGGUGUGCGACGCGUGUUUGCCUUACAGUUUUGAGCAUGGUUAUAGUGACAAUUUUACAAACACAAUUGGUAUGUGUAAUGGCCUGCCAAUGUGGAACCUUCAGACAUACUCAGAUAUAGGAUUAGACCCGCCGCAUUGGCUGAGUGAGCAGUUUAUUUCGCCAAAUAGAUAUUUGAGUUGCGUCGCUUCUUUUACUUUUGAAGGAAGUGAAAUAGGACAUAUAGAUAUCAAUGCAUAUAUGAAGUCAAGUGACCAGGAUCAAAUCACAAUUAUGGCUAAUGCGGUGAGGGAGAUUGGUGACGCUACUGUUGGAAGCGUCAUGUUGGGGCCUAUGGUCACGCCAAACUUUUAUUCGGGCUGGCAUAAGUUACGAAUCGACAUUAUGGAAGGUUCGGGGAAUUUUACUGGAUAUAUAACAAUGCUUGGGAUAGCUGCUUCUAAUUCUAUUGUAUUAAUCGACUCAUUUCGAUACAUUCCACCAGAUUUCGAAGGGGAAUGUAAUAUUUAUGACGAUGUGUCAAGUACUCCUUCUACACCUGAAGAUACCCCCUUAACACCAGAAGACACACCAUCCACACCUGAAGAUACUCCAUCUACACCUGAAGAUACCCCCUCAACACCAGAAGACACACCGUCCACACCCGAAGAUACUCCAUCUACACCAGAAGAUACCCCGUCAACUCCAGAAGUUACGCCAUCUACACCAGAAGAUACCCCGUCAACACCAGAAGAUACGCCAUCUACACCUGAAGAUACCCCGUCAACACCUUUAGAAACUCCAUCUACACCUGAAGGUACCCCCUCAACACCUGAAGGCACACCAUCUACACCUGAAGAUACUCCAUCUACACCGGAAGACAUGCCGUCCACACCUGAAGAUACUCCAUCUACACCUGAAGAUACCCCGUCAACACCAGAAGAUACACCAUCUACACCUGAAGAUACACCAUCUACACCUGAAGAUACCCCCUCAACACCAACUACCCCUUCAACACCAGAAGAUACGCCAUCUACACCAGAAGAUACCCCGUCAACACCUUUAGAAACUCCAUCUACACCUGAAGGUACCCCCUCAACACCUGAAGGCACUCCAUCUACACCUGAAGAUACUCCAUCUACACCGGAAGACACACCGUCCACACCUGAAGAUACUCCAUCUACACCUGAAGAUACCCCGUCAACACCAAAAGAUACACCGUCCACACCUGAAGAUACGCCAUCUACACCUGAAAAUACCCCGUCAACACCAGAAGACACACCGUCUACACCAGAAGAUACACCAUCCACACCUGAAGAUGCCCCCUUAACACCAUCCACCCCCUCAACACCUGAAGGCACACCAUCUACACCUGAAGAUACUCCAUCUACACCGGAAGACACACCGUCCACACCUGAAGAUACUCCAUCUACACCUGAAGAUACCCCGUCAACACCAGAAGAUACGCCAUCUACACCUGAAGAUACCCCGUCAACACCUUUAGAAACUCCAUCUACACCUGAAGGUACCCCCUCAACACCUGAAGGCACACCAUCUACACCUGAAGAUACUCCAUCUACACCGGAAGACACACCGUCCACACCUGAAGAUACUCCAUCUACACCUGAAGAUACUCCAUCUACACCGGAAGACACACCGUCCACACCUGAAGAUACUCCAUCUACACCAGAAGAUACCCCGUCAACACCAAAAGAUACACCGUCCACACCUGAAGAUACGCCAUCUACACCUGAAAAUACCCCGUCAACACCAGAAGACACACCGUCUACACCAGAAGAUACACCAUCCACACCUGAAGAUGCCCCCUUAACACCAUCCACCCCCUCAACACCUGAAGGCACACCAUCUACACCUGAAGAUACUCCAUCUACACCGGAAGACACACCGUCCACACCUGAAGAUACUCCAUCUACACCUGAAGAUACCCCGUCAACACCAGAAUACACACCGUCCACACCUGAAGAUACUCCGUUUACACCUGAAGAUACCCCGUCAACACCAGAAGACACACCGUCUACACCAGAAGAUACACCAUCCACACCUGAAGAUGCCCCCUCAACACCAUCCACCCCUUCAACACCAGAAGAUACGCCAUCUACACCUGAAUAUACCCCGUCAACACCAGAAUACACACCGUCCACACCUGAAGAUACUCCGUCUACACCUGAAGAUACCCCGUCAACACCUUUAGAAACUCCAUCUACACCUGAAGGUACCCCCUCAACACGUGAAGGCACACCAUCUACACCGGAAGAUACUCCAUCUACACCUGAAGAUACCCCGUCCACACCAGAAGACACACCAUCUACACCUGCAGAUACCCCGUCAACACCAGAAGACACACCGUCCACACCAGAACAUACACCAUCUACACCUGAAGAUACCCCCUCAACACCAUCCACCCCUUCAACACCAGAAGAUACGCCAUCUACACCUGAAGAUACCCCCUCAACACCAUCCACCCCUUCAACACCAGAAGAUACGCCAGCUACACCUGAAGAUACCCCCUCAAUACCAGAAGACACACCAUCUACACCUGAAGAUACCCCAUCAACACCUUUAGGUACGCCAUCUACACCUGAACAUACCCCCUCAACACCAGAAGAUACGCCAUCUACACCUGAAGAUACCCCCUCAACACCAGAAAACACACCAUCUACACCUGAAGAUACCCCGUCAACACCUUUAGAUACGCCAUCUACACCUGAAGAUACCCCUUCAACACCAGAAGAUACGCCAUCUACACCAGAAGAUACUCCGUCCACACCAGAAGAUACACCAUCUACACCUGAAGGUAUUCCCUCAACACCAUCUACGCCUUCAACACCAGAAGAUACGCCAUCUACACCUGAAUAUACCCCGUCAACACCAGAAUACACACCGUCCACACCUGAAGAUACGCCAUCUACACCUGAAGAUACCCCUUCAACACCAGAAGACACACCAUCUACGCCUAAAGAUACCCUGUCAACACCACAAGACACACCAUCUACACCAGAAGACACACCGACCACACCAAAGGAUACACCGUAUACACCAGGAGAUACCCCGUCAACACCAGAAGACACACCAUCUACACCUGAAAAUACCCCUUCAACACCAGAAUACACAACAUCCACACCCGAAGAUAAUACCUCCUUUACUCCAGAAGACGCACUGUCCACAAUUGAUGAUACUAUCACAUUGGAGCCAACAGACCCAACGACAAGUCCGAUAUUGUUAGAUCCCUACAGCUUUUGGAACCCAUUCACAAUAACAAUGGUGGUAUUAAUAGCGUUAAUAUUUUUACUACUUGUUUCAGGUAUUUGCUUUUAUUUAGGUAUGAAAAGAGGUCGAAGUAAGAACAUCGUAGUAUUGCCAGAAUUAGAUGAUUUACCAAGAUCAAUUGUUAUACCACGAGUUGAUAGAAUUGGUAACCCUUCAAUGUUGCCCUAUUUAGCGUAGUUAUAAACAUAAGGUUACAAGAUCUUUAUUUAGUUUUAAUUAUAUUUUUAUGUGAUUUGCCUAUAUAAUAGGUUUAGUUUACGCAAUUAUUAUGCCAAUUACUACCAAGUACCUGUAUAUAUAUUUUAGAUUUACGUGUAAAUUAUUUCAUACAUAUACUAAUAAUAAGCCUGUUUUGAAAUACAUAUGAAGGUGGUAAAGAAAAAAAUAUAGUUUGGAUGUACAUGUAUUAUAUAGUUAGAUUUUAAGUUCCGUUAUGUUACUUAAUAAAACUAUUUAUUUAUUUAUA